UGGAAUCCAUAGCUGCAGCCUGCAAAUCUCUCUUAAGAUCAGCCAACAGGAUUCAUAGAUUGUUUCUGAACCUGGUGAAUUCAUGAUUGACGCUUGUGUUUUGGCUAAGAUUGGAGCUUUGAUUAACAAAGGCAAACAGUUUUUACCCUAACUUUCUGUGUUCUAGGGUUCAAACGCUUGGUGCUGGAGAACGUUAGGUACUGAUCUAACCGAUCAUCGUAAAAAGGGGAUAUAAUAUCGGGUCUGUUGUAGAUAAUAAUCUGUGGAGGAGGAAUGCCUCGAGAUAGGGAAUUAUCUCGGUCGCCGUCCUAUAAAAGGCGUAGGUAUUCAAGGUCACCGUCGCCGGUUGGACACAGGUAUAAAAGCCGCAGAGAUAGAAGUCGAAGAGAUCGAAGCAGCCAAUCUCCUUAUUCUUAUAGCAGGCGGAGAAGCCGCUCAAUAUCUCCACGUCGCCACCGCCGUAGAAGCCGUUCACCAACUCCUAGACGACGCAGAAGUCGCUCUUCAACUCCAAGGCGUCAUAAGCGACAAAAAAGCAGGAGCUCCUCAUUGUCUCCUAUUGCCAAAUCUCCUGGUAUUGGGUCCAUAGAGUGCAAAAUUGUUGGUGAAAAUUUGAAAAAAGAAGAGGAGGAUGAAAGGAAAAGGCGUCAGCACGAAGCCGAACUGAAGUUAAUGGAGGAAGAAACUGCAAAAAGAGUGGAGGAGGCGAUAAGGAAGAAAGUCGAAGAAAGAUUGGGGUCUGAGGAGAUCAGGCUGGAAAUCCAGAGGCAACUGGAGGAGGGGAGGAAGAAAGUUCUUAGUGAUGUCGUAGCUCAACUCGAGAAAGAAAAGGAAGCUGCAGUUAUCGAGGCUAGACGAAAAGAGGAACAAGCUCGAAGAGAGAAAGAAGAGCUGGAAAGGCUGGUUGAACAAAACCGAAAGAGAAUUGAAGAAGCUCAGAGGAGGGAAGCCAUGGAGCAGCAACGAAGGGAGGAAGAGCGUUACAGAGAACUAGAAGAGCUCCAACGACAAAAAGAAGAAGCUUUACGUAGAAAAAAGCAACAAGAGGAAGAAGAGCGCGCUAAACAGCAGAAAUUGCUAGGCAAGAACAAAUCCCGACCCAAGUUAUCUUUCGCUUUAGGUUCAAAAUGAUGUUCAUGUUCACGACCCCACGACACUGUUUCCAUUUUUUACCAUUUUUCUGCCAGCUAUAUCUCUUUCGUGCCUUUUGUAUUUCCGACAAAGAAAAACACAAGAUUUUUAUGAACGCGAGUUUUCUGGCUCGCUUUAUGAUCUCCGUAUUUCAUGGCAAUUUUGAC